CUUAUCUUGGAUAACGUUAUUUGACACGUAAACGAAAAGUAAUAAACAAAGUUUUGUAUUAUGGCUCGUUAUUUUCGAGAGGAAGAUAUAGAUGAAUUCAGAGAAUGUUUUUAUCUAUUUGCAAGGAAUGGUCAAAUACGUACUUUGGAUGAACUUACAAUCAUUAUGAGAUCAUUAGGAUUAAGUCCAACUAUUGCAGAAUUAAAUAAAUAUUUAAAAGAUAAAGGUGGAAAAAUGUCUUUUGCUGAUUUUUUGGAAGUUAUGCAUCUACAAACUAGAGCUGAAGAUUUACCAAAAGAAGUGAUAGAUGCUUUUCAAGCUGCAGAUAAAUUUAGGACUGGCACUAUACCAGCUAGACAGUUAGCGCAUAUGUUGCUCCACUGGGGUGAACAAUUAAGUAACAAAGAAGUGGAGCAAAUUUUCAGAGAGGCAAAUGUGUCUCCAAAUGGACAAGUAAAAUACGAAGAUUUUGUUAAAAUAGCUUGUGCACCUGUACCUGAUUACUAUUAAAAUAAAUAUUUUUCAUAUUUUUUUUAAAGAUAUUUAUAUACUUUUUAUACAAUACACGUGUUUAAUUAAUAAAAGGA